UUGGACCUGCUUGUCUUAUCUGAGCCUCAGAUAGAUAAACCUAUUCAAUGGCCUUGUAAACCUGUAUCGGCCCAUUAUCAAACAUCCACCUUACCCACUCGGUCAUGCUCUUCUUGGUAUGGUCUCACCUGGUCUUGCUUUGUGCAGUUGGCUCAAAAGACACCACCGCGACCCGUUCAAGAUAUAUUUGCUCGCCAGCUGCUGCAAAUUCAUGGCCUAGGUGGCAGCAAGGUGGCUGCUAUUCUAUCCGCAUAUCCUACGCCUUGUCAGUAG